CUGACUUCAAAACGUCAAAAGUUUCUGUUUGCUUGGUGACCUGUAAAGAUUUGAUAUAUUGAUACAAAGUUAUACUCAUAAUCGCCAGGAUAAAUAAUAGAUAACCAAUUCAUAAAUUUCUUACUCAAUUAAAUAUUUUCCAAUUUAGGUAAACCUUCGUGCUCAUACAAUGUAUGCCCUGACUACUAGCACUUUUAAGUGGUAUCUUAAAUAUCUUGGAUUGCCUUUAUCAAUUAUUUUUACUAUGUAUCGAUUAUGUAAACGAGUUCAAAACCAUAAGACAAGAAAUGCUUUACAAGGAAAGGUUGUUAUAGUUACUGGUGCAAGUUCUGGUAUAGGGGAAGCUUUGGCUCAUGUUUUAUAUGAAAAUGGUUGUAAAGUGAUUUUGGCAUCAAGAAGGAUCAAUGAAUUGAAUAGAGUAAAGGAAGAUCUAUUAUCAAAGAAAAUCGCUCUAUCAACAGAGGAACCACUUGCAAUUGAAUUAGAUCUGUCAAAUUUAGAUGUGCUAGAAUCUUUUGUGAACAAGGUUUAUGAAAGUUGUGGAAAAAUAGAUAUUUUAAUUAAUAAUGGUGGGGUAUCUCACCGUGGUUCAAUCCUUCAUACAAAACUAGAUGUGGAUCAGAAAAUCAUGUUAACAAACUAUUUGGGCUCUGUUGGAUUAACAAAAGCUGUUUUACCGAGAAUGGUUGAAAGAAAAAGUGGGCACAUCGUAUUUAUUAGCUCAGUUCAAGGUUUAAUAGCUAUACCUGAUCGGUCUGCAUAUGCGGCAUCAAAACAUGCUCUUCAGGCUUUUGGAGAUUGUCUGCGUUCUGAAAUGCAUCAACAUAAUAUAGAUGUAUCUGUUGUUAGCCCUGGAUAUGUGAAGACAUCUGUUUCAUUAAACGCUCUAACUGGUACUGGAGAAAGUCAUGGAGUAAUGGAUUCAAGCACUGCUGCUGGGUUUUCAGCCGAAUAUGUUGCUAUGAAGAUCGUGGAUUUGCUUGUGAACAAAGAUAAAGAGUUAAUUAUAAGCCAGUUUCUUCCAAAUUUAGCAAUAACAAUAAGACAUUCUAUGCCAUUUUUAUAUUUUUGGAUAAUGGCUAGAAGGGCUAAUAAGACAGCUUAAGAGGAAAGUAAUGCACUAACUUGAAGCGUAAAGAUACCUUGCCAUGCUAAUUAGAUAUCAAACAUUAUAUUGUAUCAAUAUGUUGGAGUCAGCCCACAAAGUAGCAAUAAAGUUGAUAAGCCAGCAUGUUUGAUCAUUUUUAUUGAUUUAUUUAUAAGUUGGCUAAUCUACGGGUGUAAAUAAAACAGGUUGAAAAAUUAA